UAAAAUAGCCAUUCAUAAAGAAACUUCCCUUUCCAUUCCCGUUUCUUUUAACAAACAAAAAUCCAAAAAUAAUUCUCAGCUGUGGUGUGGCUUCUCGUCUUCUUCAUUUUGUAACCUCUAUCUUGGAUUCUUGGGUAUAUACAGAACCGAACUUGGAUCAACAGAAGGAAACCCAGUUGCAAAUAUUUAAUUACGAGUAUUCUGGUGGAGGUCCUUAAGGUAUAUCUGUCUGCUCUUCUCUUCCAGGAAUCCUGAGUUCUACUUUGAAAGAAGGAACCAAGGGAAUGCUGCAUGAUGUGCGUGGAUGUUCAGAAGUCUGUCUCUAUAGCCCAUCCGUUUGUAGCUUUGUUACACCUGCAUCUCGUUGUUCUUGAUGAAACUGGAUUUAUAAAUUCUACUUUAUCAUUCAAAUUUUCUGCAGAAAAACACUAUGAGCCUACAACUUAUUAUGAAUUUCCUGUUGUGCUAAUGCAUGAUUUAUGUGAAGACGGCUGAGCUACUUUCUGUUGUGUGUAGCUCAUUUGCUUUUUAAGUUACAUAUAGUGUAUUUGGUGGGAGAGUGUGGUAGAUAUUAGUUAAUUAGCAUUUCUGGCUUGGUAUGGAACAUAAACCGAGUGUCUUGACACAAAAAUAUGAGGUAGGGAGAUUGCUUGGCCAAGGCACGUUUGCAAAGGUUUAUCAUGCAAGGAGUAUCAGAACGAACCAAAGUGUGGCCAUUAAGGUGAUUGACAAAGAGAAGGUUUUGAAGGUAGGGCUUGUUGAUCAGAUCAAGAGAGAAAUAUCUGUGAUGAGAAUUGUUAGACAUCCUAAUAUUGUGCAGCUUUAUGAGGUCCUGGCCACCAAAACUAAGAUUUUCUUUGCAAUGGAAUAUUGCAAAGGUGGAGAACUCUUUAGCAAGGUUGCUAAAGGAAAAUUAAAGGAGGAUGCCGCACGCAAGUAUUUUCAACAGUUGAUCAAUGCAGUGGAUUUCUGCCACAGCAGGGGUGUUUAUCAUCGGGAUAUAAAACCAGAAAACCUAUUGUUGGAUGAGUAUGAAAAUCUAAAGGUUACUGAUUUUGGAUUGAGUGCUCUUGCUGAAUCCAAACAUCAAGACGGGUUGCUCCAUACAACUUGUGGUACACCUGCAUAUGUUGCUCCUGAAGUGAUUGGCAGAAAAGGUUAUGAUGGAGAGAAAGCUGAUAUAUGGUCUUGUGGGGUGGUUUUAUAUGUGCUUUUGGCAGGUUAUCUUCCAUUUCAUGAUUCUAACUUGAUGGAGAUGUACAGGAAGAUUGGCAAAGCUGAGUUCAAAUGCCCUAAUUGGUUUCCACCAGAAGCUCGCAGACUGCUGUUUAAGAUGCUGGAUCCAAACCCUGAUAGUAGGAUUUCCAUGGCUAAGAUAAAGGAAAGUGCUUGGUUUAAAAAAGGAUUGAACUCUAAACAGAAGAAAACAGAAGCAGAAAGCAGGGAUGUAAAUCAUUUGGAGAGGAGUGGUUCUGGUCCUUCCCGGACUAGCAAUGUUUCUUCUGAGGCAAAGCAGGAGGAAUCGGUCAAACCACCUAUCUUAAAUGCUUUUGAUAUCAUUUCUCUUUCUGCUGGAUUUGAUCUUUCUGGAUUAUUCGAGGAAAAAUCUAGACUAAAAGAGGCAAGAUUUACUUCUGUUCAACCUGCCUCUGUCAUCAUCUCUAAACUGGAAGAUGUUGCAAAGCAUUUAAGCCUGAAGAUCACAAAGAAGGAUGCAGGUUUGUUGAAAAUGGUAGGACUAAAAGAAGGUAGAAAGGGGCCUUUGUCCAUUGAUGCAGAGAUCUUUGAAGUCACUCCAAAUUUUCAUUUGGUGGAGGUGAAGCAAUCUGGUGGUGAUACAUUGGAAUAUCAUAAGAUAUUGAAAGAGGAUAUAAAGCCUGCCCUUGAUGAUAUUGUUUGGAUUUGGCAAGGUGAACAACAGCAUCAGCACCAGGGACAAGAACAAGAAAUACACCAGCAGCAGCUGCAGCAAUAACCAUAAUACGUUAGCAGCUGACAGUUAUGCUUAAAAUGUUCUCACGAUGCCAAUUUUUUCGCGAUGUCAUAUGUUUGUUUUUUUUUUUUUUUUUUUUUUUCAAAUUCUAGCAAUCAUCUUUGUGAUUGUCAGAUCCCACCUCGAUGAAUUUGCUCACUUUUUACAUGUGACCACAAACUUACUGUAAAAAAGCUGUUAUCUUUGGUUUCUGGAACUUUUAAUUUGAUUCUUUUUCCUAAUUACUUCUUCCA